CGAUAUUACACAUCGGCAAGAUGUUGGUGAUAUCAUUAGCGUUGCCACUUUAUCUGUUGCAGGCUGCUAUAUGCUGUGCUGAUAGAGCUGUACCAGAUUAUGAAGCACGGUAUGGUACUCAACUGGUACCACUCAAGGCAGAUGAACAUUAUAAUGAAAAAUUGAGUAGACUAGCAUUCGGAAGUUGCCAAAAAUUACAUCUAGGCAACAACGGUAUAUUCCAAAGAAUUAUAGAUAGUAAUCCUGACCUAUUCCUAUAUACAGGUGAUAUUGUGUAUCCAGAAUACGGUUGCUGCAGCCCUAAAUGCUUGCAAAGUAAAUAUGAACAAUUGGUGUCACAUCCUGUAUACCAACAUUUCAAAGCGAAUAUACGUCGUAUAGACGGUGUCUACGAUGACCACGACCUGGGUAUCAAUGACGGCCAUGCAAACUAUCGAUAUAAAAAGGAAGCUUUAGAGCAACUAUUGGAUUUUCUAGGUAAACCUAAAGAUCACUAUCGACGUAAACGAGAAGGAGCGUAUUAUUCCGCUGAAUACGUUGAUCCCGCAACAAACAAAAAGGUAAAAAUUAUAGUACUCGACGUUAGAUACCAUCGAGCGUGCUUCUACUAUUGCACUUGUCAAAAAUGCAAUUGGUACAAAAUAUACAUGUAUACUUUUGUAAUAAGGAGGAUUAUAAACUACUACUUCGGAUUUGGAUGCAACCAUCCGGGCGACGCUCUGGGUAAAGAACAAUGGGAAUGGCUUCAAGGGCAACUCUACAAAUCAGAUGCAGAUAGCCAUAUCAUUAUAUCAUCCAUGCAGGUAUUCACCUACUACCCAAUAACAGAGAGUUGGGGGCUUCUACCACAAGCCAAGGAUAGGCUAGUCGAUUUGCUACUAGCAGCAAAGCCCAAAAAUACAGUAUUCGUCUCUGGAGAUGUUCACUGGGGAGAAAUCAUGGAAAGAGAUGGUAUCGUGGAAAUUACAUCCAGCAGUCUCACCCACUCGUUGCUUUUGGAGGCACCCAUGCUAAAGAUUCCAAUGAUAGUUGUAUCCUCACUGUGGAAAAAGAGUACAUAUGGAUAUAACAACUUCGGGAUCAUCGAUUUUGAUGUGAAUAAAGAAAAUGGAAAUAUAACACAGGAAGUCAAGCUAAUGGAUGAAUAUGGAAACGUAUUGCAAAGGAGUUUCAACGAUGGGUCCAGUGAUCCGUUAGAGCCGUACAUUGGAGUGAAAUAUAAGGAGAAUACAUUCCUAAACAAUACUCGCAUCGUAAAAUGCACGUCCUUAAAAUGGAAGUUCGGAUUGCUGUUUUCAGUGAUGCUACUAGUGGCAUGCUCUGUAGCUAUCGUCCACUCUGUAAUACGAAGCUUCAUAUUUGCAAGAAUUAAGUAUCGCACAUAUAAAGUAGAUUAACUUACUAUAGGAGUAAAUCCUAGUUAAAAU